AUGAAUCUCGCACAGUUGGUCACCAACUAUGAGCCUCCAUCCCCCCGAUGCUCUUCAUACUCCUUGCAGUCACGGCGGUCUUGGAGGGCAGCCAACAUCAAGGCAACACCUUCUCCAUAUACCACCGUCCUCGAGCUGCCUCCCUCUCCAGAGGCGGAGCCAGUUAUCAGAUAUUCGCUUCCACCCAUCUCAACCCUCUUCCAGGGCAUCGACAGCAUCUCCCCUCCUCAGUCAGCCAAACGACCAAGAUUUGACGAUUGGGAGGAGGAAAGGUCGGAGAAGAAGUAUAGAACGAUACUACCUCCAACUCCUCCACAGCGACCCGAGUCCAGCUUUGAGCAGUCUCGACGUUCACCAUCUGCAUCCAGCGCUGUUUCGACCCAGGUUCCCGGUUUAGCUGGUUCUUCCACACUCACCAGCCCAGCCUCGGAUGCUCCCGUCGAGCGCCCGACGUCCAGAGUCGCGUACUCGAAUCGUUCUUCAUUCUCGGAGGCCCGCUACCCAUCUCCAGCAAACUCGAGCGUGGCCCGCUUCGCCUCUCCACCAGAGCAAAAGGUCUCUUCGCCAGAGUUCUAUCCGGCCAGCGUGCCUACUUUCAAGCCAGCUCCGGUUGCUCAGCCACAGCCACAGCAGCCCACCCAGCACCAUCAUCACCAGAUGGUCAACAUAGGUGACAUGGCCAGCACCACCACAUGGCAGCACCACCACUACUUCCCUCCAUCUAACACCACCACCUACCCACUCAACCACGACAGGUACAUUUGCCGCACCUGCAACAAGGCCUUCUCCCGGCCUUCCAGCCUCCGCAUCCACUCUCACAGCCAUACAGGGGAGAAGCCGUUCCGCUGUCCCCGUCCGGGCUGUGGCAAGGCUUUUAGCGUGCGCAGCAACAUGAAGCGCCAUGAGCGAGGUUGCCACAGUGGCCGUGCCACCCAGAGAGGCCCCCACGUCGGAUGA